ACACCCAGCCGCGGCCCCAAAAUAUGGUCUGACAUCAAAUCUUCAUGACAUGACUUGAUGAGAUCUGGGGAAUCCUUGGCUUCGAUAGUGGUACAGAACAACGUCAGUGAAAGAAUAUGCUACUUCUAGGUGAUGGAUCCCUAGCAGUACUCGCACCCCGAGGAAUAAGAAAAACCGGACUCUGGCAGAAGGUGGUAAGCUGCUGGCUUUCUCUUGUUGGGCUCAGUCUUACAGACACGCAUAAAGCAGUAUCCGUAUUUUCCCAACACUUUUAGUCAUUGACCUCCCGAUGAUGCUCCCCAUGUCUCGGGUAAAGAGUACAGAUUUCUAUUAUUACCCCAUCUCGGGUAACAGUGUUUGCAGCCAACUUUUAAAAGCAGUGCCAGGUUGAUGAAGUCUGGAUGUGGCAGUUAAAUAAAAAACAAGACACAUAGCAUAGAAGCUGUUUUAAUAUAUAUCAUAUCCACAUGGACUCUGUUACCUCAUGUAGCUUGUGGCGUAGAAGAACAACAUCUAGUGCUAGUACCUCUAAGCAGCCUGUAAUUUGUGAUUUCAAUGCUUGUAGUUGUCCAAAACAUAUUGUCUUUAAAAGCUUCAAGACAAGUAGCAAAGAAAUGAUCGAAGAAAUGAUCUGAAUUACCUCGACAUUUGUUGUAUGAAACCAAAAAUAAUCAAAGCUAAAAUUACCACAGCUACAUACCACUGGUACAGAAACAUAAGGGGUGGAGGACGCACCCUAGUGGAGGGCCAGUAGAGGAUUAGGAACACUAACAGGUUUUCAGUUGAAAGGCUCAAAAGCCAAAAAAACAGUAUUAAAACCCUCAUCAGUCACUUCUAAGUCUCCGUGGAAUAUCUUUGAAGGAUGAUAAGCUUUAGUUUUGAUCACAGUUUUGAAACUUCUUUCAAAACCUUUCACUUUCAGAGGAAUGAAUUUGGGUACUAAAACUAUGAUGAAUGUGCAUUUAAGGUUGUUUUUAAAGAGAAUAUAAACGGGCUGUCUACAGUGAAUCAACACAUUUUCAGUCAAUGCAAUCCAACACACUAAACAUACAUAGUCAAUUAAAUACUGAAUUCCUCCCAUUAGCCCAACUCCAUGCUAAAACACUAAACAGCCUGGCUGUAAAAUGGCUUUUUUUCUCACACCCAGGUUUUGUUAGUCCUGUCUCUGUUUUUUGUUGUUGUAUUGGAUUAAUUUCUCCCCUUUAGCAUUGCAUAUAAGCUUCACAAAGGUAGUAUUUAUUGGAGAUUUGUUUUAUUGGAUUGCAUGAUAUUGUACAGCAGUGAUAUUAUUAUGUUAAAGAAAUGACGCCACAGAGAGGCCACAGGGCCUGGACGUUAUUUCUCCUUAGUGGGUUUUAGCUCUCAUCAUUUUCAGCAAAAAAAUGGGCAAGAGUGGAAUCUCACAAAAAAAACUAACAGAAAUGAGUGAAUCAUUUUUAAAGAAUGCUGUCAGCGCCAUGAAGAUAUUAGUUGGCUACCUCUCUAUAGAGUUAUAAUAUCCUCUGUCUGCGGAUCAAGUUUUACACUCGUGAAGGGCUGUUUUGUAAGUGGGAAUGAAGAAAAUACUGUUUGAAAAUUUGAUUUUAUUGGGAAAGUUACAGGAUAAGUCAAGGACCCGAUUGUGCCUGUCCACAAACGCAGCCUUCUUAUUUGGGAUGCUGUGGUCUUGGUAUGUUUUGUUCCAACUGUAAUUGCCAUCUGGGGCUGUAUUACUGAAAGCAGUCAUCAAUAAGGGGAGUUAUUUAAUUCGCUGUCAGUUACACUAUAUCAUUAUAAGUAUAUAAUCUGUUUUUAUCUUCUAGGUUGUAUUUGCUAUGUUUUCAUAUUUUACCGGUAUUUGAAGCUAAUUAAUUAUUGGUGAGAGCCUUUCUUCCAACCAGUCUUCUUUUUGUGAAUACGGUAUUUAGAGGUAAAGACUUCCCCAGCACCCCAAAAUAAAUGACCAAGUCACCUGAUCUUUUCUACAUGGGCUAGGAGCACCUCACUGUUGAUACACAUAAUGCAACACACUACCUAGCCUUUUAUGUAUCUUAGCACGCAUGACACACAUGUUACAUUAUAAAUAUGUUUAUUAUCUUGUUUAUUAUUUUUUCUUUUGUAUGCAUGUGCUUUAUAUCAAUAUAUUUCUUCUUACUCUCACUGUAACCAUUUUAAAGGAGUUUCUGUUUAAUAAAAAUUAAAACACACAUUGCAAAUAGUAGUUUCUAGUGUGGAUUAUUCGCUGUGUGAACACAAUGAUGCAAUACAGGUGGGUGUGUGAGUGAGUGAGAUAGAGAGAGAUCUAAUCAGAAUAAUGAUCACAUAAUCAAGACUUCUGACAUGUGACUUACCCAUUAUCUAAAGCAGAUCGUAGGAUUGACACGUCAGUUAAAGGGGGCGUGGUCAUUUCAGGGGAACUACAAUGAGGAUUUCAGAUUCCAACCACAGACCGAAUGAUGCCUUACGUGACUCGAGCCCGUUCGACUGGUCUUCAUCCAAGCUUCCAUACAACCGGAAGUAGAAAGAGGCGGUGUGACGUCUUCGCUAAAAACGCUCGGUCGAUGUUGGGACUUUCCGCACCGACUCGCGAAGAGAUCCUCUGCUGUUAAACUAAAGAGGAACAUCCAUUAUCCUUACAAAGAAGGAUUACAUUUUUCUUACUGUGUUUUUAGUAUCUGAUUAUGGCUGCUUAGACGCCUACAAAAGGGAUGUCCGAGAUGGGGGGAGGGGAUUGAGAGCAUAUAUCCCAUGGUCUGUGUGUCUGUGUGUGUGUGUGUGUGCGCGCGUGUGCUUGAUUUAUUUUGCUUACAAUGUUUGUACUAAUAAUCACGAAUCACAUGUUUGAAAGGCUUCAUAAUAUAUUGGACAUGUCCGAUCCACAUUUUCUAUAUAAUAAAGUGUGUACAGAUCCUGGCUGAUGAAACCACUGUGUAAUAUUCUGAUCACUAAUAUUGAAAUGCAUUUUAAUCACUUAAAAUGGAUAUCCUCUUUACUGCACAUGUUGUCUUUGGUUGGCUGUAAAACAACUGACUCAAACUGAAGAACUAUUGAAGUUUCUGCAGUGGGAUGCUCAGAAGUAGUGCUCUGAACUAGUUACAUGCAAAAGGAAUCCAGGUGUAAAGAAUAGCCUUUGUCCAUACGUAGGCCAUGUGAUGAGGGCGGUCGUGGGACGGGUAGUUUUGUUUCUUCACCAAGUUUCGCACUUAGUCAAGCUUGACUUUCUAUUUGACUAACUUCUCUGUUUCUGUUUUGAGUUAAACCCCUCCUCCCGCUUCCCCCCCCCGAUUUAAAUAUUUGAUGUUGCCGUAUGAGUGAGUCUAUGUGUGGGAAAGUGAGACCUUGGGUUUUCUCAAACCCCUCUCCCUUGAAGGACAUCUCUUUUGCCCUUCAAUUUCUAAAACUUAAAACCCCAAAAUGGAAACCCUUGUUCAACUCAAAAACAACCCGUUUUUGAUGGGUUUGUGUCGCAACGGGCCUCCUCCGGACCUGCAAUACGACAACUCAUCAGAGCUCUUCCGCAUUUCUACCUUCGCUCGAUUCCCUGCUUCGGGCGUCACGGAGCGUAGUCUGGCGAGGGCAGGUUGGUUCUACAUUGGCGUGGGCGACCGCGUGCAGUGUUUCAGGUGUAACGUGACGGCAGAGGGCUGGCAGGCCGGCGACUGUCCAACAGAGAAGCACAGACAGCUGUCUCCCACCUGCUCCUUCAUCCAGAGCCUCCCGUCUACUACCAACCUGCUCUCCUCCUCUCACUCCGCCUUCUCCCCACUGCGCAUUGCCCCAGCCGUACCACUUUCUGCUCCGGGCCCAGCGGCUCCUAACCCGGCAGUGAGCCAAGGUGAAGAGCCGGUUGGUUACCUCAACAUGGGCUUCUCUGCUCCACCGCCCUCCAGCCCGCUCAGCUCUCGGGGCGUAGAGGACAUGUCCCACCAGAGACCAACGUGCCACAACCCCAGCAAGCGCAAAGAGCAGGACCGCCUGGACUCUUUCCACCCGUGGACUCUCUCCAUCAUAACUCCAAGUGAGCUCGCCAAGGCCGGCUUCUACUACCUGGGCCAGGGCGACCGCGUGGCCUGCUUCAGCUGCGGUGGACAGUUGAGUAACUGGGAGCCAGGGGACAGAGCCGUAUCCGAGCACCAGAGGCAUUAUCCAAACUGCAGAUUUGUGCGCGGGGACCGAACCGACAACGUGUCAAUAGCCGGGUCUGCGUCCGGAGGACUGGCUUCUCAGCUGUCUUCAGGAGCCGCAGCCCUCAAUAAUGUGUCUAAUCCCGCCAUGCAGCAGAGCGAUGAGCGGCUGCUCACUUUUGUCAACUGGCCGGCUCGCAUCCCUGUCAGGCCGGACCAGCUGGCUAAAGCCGGCUUCUACUACGUUGGCCGCAACGAUGAUGUCAAGUGUUUCUGCUGCGAUGGAGGCCUACGAUGCUGGGAGUCGGGAGAUGAUCCGUGGGUGGAACACGCUAAAUGGUUCCCGAGGUGUGAAUAUCUGAUUCAGGAGAAGGGACAAGAGUUUGUUCACCAGAUCCAGGCUCGGUUCCCUCGGCUGUUUGAGCAGCUUUUAGCUAAUGGAGACAACAACUCCAGAGAGUUUAUUGAUCCACCUGUGGUUCACCUCGGCCCAGGAGAGGAGCGGUCCGAGGACGCCGUCAUGAUGAACACCCCCGUGAUUAAGUCUGCUUUAGAGAUGGGCUUUGAGCGAGGUCUCGUCAAGCAGACGGUCCAAAGCAAGAUCCUCACCAGCGGAGAGAACUACAGAACGGUCCAGGAGCUGGUUCUAGACCUGCUGAGUGCCGAGGACCAGAAAAGGGAGGAGGAGCGAGAGAUGGUGGCAGAGGCGAUGGCAUCAGACGGUUUCACCUUUGUGAAGAGACACCAGGCCACGUUGAUCCAGCGUCUGAAGAGUGUGGAGCCGGUGCUGGAGCAUUUAAGAGAGCAAAACGUUUUGUCUCCCGAUGAGUAUGGCGGUCUGAAGGCCCAGACGUCGGCCCAGCUGCAAAACGGCAAGCUGAUAGAGCUCGUUCUCACCAAGGGGAACGCUGCGGCCGAGGUCUUUCGCAACUGGAUCCAGAAAAACGACGUGCACCUGCUCAGAGAUCUCAUGGCCCAAUCAAACGAAGCUGCAUCACCAAGUCAAGAUCUCUCAGACCUCCCCAUGGAGGAGCAGCUGCGGCGCCUGCAGGAGGAGCGUACCUGCAAGGUGUGUAUGGAUAAAGAAGUCAACAUUGUCUUCAUCCCAUGCGGACAUCUGGUGGUGUGCAAAGAGUGUGCGCCGUCGCUACGGAAGUGCCCCAUCUGCAGAGGCCUGGUUAAAGGCACGGUCCGAACCUUCCUCUCAUAACCAGGAUCCCUCGUUCUCACAGCAAUGUGAUUGAAUGUAAGCAAUAUGGUGCAGGUUUAUAUACAGCUGACAGACAUGACAUCCAUUGAUGUAAAUGGUAGUCAUAUUUCUGUUAUUACCUCUGUUAUCAUUAUAUUUACUGAUACUAUUAUUAGUUUUCUUUUCUGUUUCUCCCUCUCCCUCUCUUAGGGAUAUUCAUAAGUAUCCAUUCAACCCUUAAACCACAAUAUGAUCACCUUUUUUAUUAAAAAGUUGAGUAGAACUCAAUGGUGUCUUCUGGUCACUUAAAAGGAGAAUAUCUGGUUCACCUUGAAGCUGAGCCCACCUCGUGGCGAACUCUUUACACCACAGGAACUUGUGGCAAUUAUACCAUUGUAUUGAUAACUUCUCAUCUGGCAUAUGCAACUCCUUUAAGACUGGCACUUGCUAAUGUGACCCAGGCUCACGAAAUAGUAAUACCAAUGAAGAUGCACAUGAGCGUUCAGAUGCCUAUUUAACGUAACCUCCAUGCACGGUCUUAAUAGUAUUCUUUAACGGGUCGAUCAGCCAGAGAAGUCUCUAAAUGAGCACCCCCCCCCGUAUCUUUCACUUUAAUCUGAUUGUAGAACGCUUGAUUAACUCACUGUUAAUGAGUUAUAUUUGUUCAGUAAAUACAUGGAUUAUGAUUUCAUACAUUUUCCAUGUUGUCAUUUAAACAUGUUGAAUUUAUUUUCCGUGACCGGUGUUAUUUCUGGUCAAUUGUAACCUGUUAGGCAGUUAUCCCUGACUGAUUUGCAAAAAUAAACUUUACGAAAUCCA